UUGCGUCCGCCGCCGCCGCCUCCCGAGAAGAAGAAGGUCCAGUUCAAGUUCGAAGACAAAGUGGAGGCCUUCUACAGCGACGGCUGGUGGGAAGGGGCUAUUAUUGCGGAGCACUCCGGCGGGAAAUUCGCGGUGUUCCUCAGAGGGUUUGAGGAGCAGAUUGUGUUUGAAGAGAAAGAUUUGAGGUUGCCUGUUCAGUGGGUUAAAGGGAAGUGGGAGCCGCGAUUCGAACAGGUUUAG